AUGGACGCACAAAUGCUGGGUCGCCAGAUACUAUACAAGGCAAGCACAAAGCGCUUCAUCGAGUGGCUUGUACAGACCGCCGAGCGCGUCUCCAACACCCUAACACCCGUCGCGACGCCGCCCUCGAGCUCGAGGAAGCGCGAUUCGAGCAAGAGAAUCACUACUCGAGAGAUCAUAUCUUUUGCGGAGACUAUAUCCAACUCUUCUGCCCUUGUUCCGCCUGCUGUCAUUAGCCUUCUCGAACAAGUGAUCGAGGGUCGCCAGGCCUGCGCAACCUGGUACGCUCUGCUGCCUUUAACAGAAGAUCUCGCCGACGAGAACAAGAGCCAUGCCUUCUUCAUCGAGGUGUUGAGGCGGGUACUGCAGCUUCUCUCGGGGAGUGCACGGCCGGAGUGCAAGGCGAACAAAGAGACAAAGCCAGAAUCAAAGAAGAAAGAGUCUCUGCACGACCUUGGAUGCGACUUCAACAACCUUUUCGCUCAGCUGGAACUCGAAGAACCAUCUGAUGAGCCUCUCGGCCAGGCACCGAAAUACGAGAUCACCAUCGAUCUUGGCAACAAGAAGUCAAGCAUCAGCCUCGGCGACCGCGACAACAAGGAUGAUACUGCCUUCGGCCUGUUCUGCUUUCUCGAAGACGCCAAAGAUGUUCGCGUCUUUCUCAAAGAGGCCUGGACAGAAUAUGAGAGAGGCGAUCUUAGUAUGGCCGCAGUCGCGACGAUCACGGAAGCUGGUAUCGCCCUACUGCGCAUCUCCGGUACCAACUUCACCGCUGCGAACAGCGCUUUUCGGGACUGGUCCUACAUCCUCGAAUACCUUGGCCUCGAGCAGCAGACAACCCACUUGCCCCACGAAAGCCCAUUCAUCUACAUCCACCCGCGAUCCACUGCCCCAACUUCACAGGAGUCGAAGUCAUCAACCGAUCUGGCCGAUCUGAUUUGCGCAGCGUCAGCUUAUCACUUGCAAAAGCUGAAGACAGAGAUGCAUGAAGAGGCGACAAAGCACGAUCCACGCGAUCUGACGAGAGGCACGUUCGUAAGCGGCAUGCCCCUAAACCACGAUAUCUUCGAGUUCCCACGAUUACUGUUGCUUCCAGCAGCCGUGGAGCUCGUCACAUGGCGACUUUCCCCCGAAGAGCGCAGCCAGCGCAAUGCCGGCAACCAUAACAACACCUUCCUGAGUAGCGAGUUUGUGGAGGGGAUUCGCAAUUAUUAUCGCGCUAAAGAACUGGCACCGUGGCUCCCUAUAGCCUACACAAAGAAGCUCUUGCGAAACUGCAAGACAGACCUUGGCCUCACCGAUGGCGUCCCACUGAAGAGCAUACAAGGUCUGCCGUGUGUCAUGGGGACGCAGUUGUGGCGGUACAAGAUGGCUUUCCACCAGGCUGGCAUCAGCGGAGCUUGCCGCGGCAACAUUGUCCUUUGUAUGGCACAUCUUUACCUGACAGGACGAAAGCUCGGCGUGAUCCAGUCGGGGUGGCAUGACAUGGAGAUGGUGAUCUCAGCCCAAAAGUCCAUCGAGCCUCUUGUAACCAGAUCCGGCAGCAGAGCUGAUGCUGUGACUUGUCUGAAGCAUUUCCUGCUUGCGCUAGGAGUGUCAGCUAAGGAGUUCGCCAACAACAAGAUCCCCGGUCUGCCUUCCAAUAAGAAAUACGCGGAGAGGGCCAAGAGGCCAGUCAACACACUCCAGCUUCCAAGAAGUGGCGAUGAGACGUCGCGAGUCGAGGAAGAGCUCGGCGUGUGGCGGGAUGAACUCCUCGAGUUGAUGUUGACUUCCAUGACGAAGAAGAUCAACGUGACGCAGCCACAGAAGAAGGGAGCGAAGCAGCAGCAUGCCUCAAUGGGACCGUUCACACCCAAGCAGCUCCUCAAAACCUUCAAGAAAGCCUUCAUCGCCGACGAGCCAAUGCUCAAUUUCGACUUCUUCGCCUUCACCUAUGACUGUGCCAUGAUGGAGCCCUACAUCCGCGACCGUGUGAUGCCCAACCUGGGGACGGAAUUCGACUUGCCUCAUCGCGAUCUCUUGACAUCCUAUGAGUUCCUCUACCACCUGCUCCUUUCCCACAUUCGUCAGAACCCGCCCAGUUUGGAAACCUCACCAGGGAGAGGCAUCACUGCCCUCGAGAGAGCUUGCAAGAUCCUCGAAGUCUACAUUGGCCAGAAAGCCCAGAACGACGAGCAAUUCUCCUCCAACAAAAUCUCCACCGCGGCAUUCCGGCAAUCGAGCGGUCGUAUCCCUAAAGACCUGCGGCCCAACUUCCGCAAGUUCGAUUCUGCGAAUAUGGACACGUCGCCCAUGGAACAGAUGCUCGCCAGCGAAGAAGCCGUCUUCAGCCACUUCACCGCAGCUCACAAGGUCGUCUACGACCCACGCGGCAGUGCGCAGAAGUUCAAGGAGAUGGCCGAGUGGCAGAAAGGCGAAGAAGAUAUGAUGAAGAAGCAGAUGGGCCUAAAGCCUGAAGACCCUUUCCCUGGCUGGGCGUGCGCCAAGCCGGUGAAGAUCCACGUUUCUGAGUUGGAAUUGUCGGAAGAGGACUUUGCGAAGUUCGACUCGGCAGACUUUAAGCAGAAGAUCGCGCUGAAUGAGUUGAUCAGCCAGGCGAAGAUUCAGGCGGCGAUGGAUCGGAAGUUGCAGGAGUAA